UAGAUAAAUGAUGUGUUGGUUGUCAAAUGUAGAUUGCUGAUGAUAAAACUCCAUUCACCCCUGAAAUUUUAAUAAAAAUCGCAAAAAAAUAAUUGUCACAAUGUGUGAUUAAAAUAAUGAAAAGAUUGUGUUCCUCAUGUAUACGUUCAAGUAGAGUUUCAAAGAGAAACCUGGACAAUGGCGAAAAUCUUGAUGAUCAAAAGGCAAAAAAGAGAAAAAAUGAUAAAUCUUCAGAGUAUAAAGAGUGUUAUGUUGAAAUAUUAUUAGAUAUUCAAGGUAGAUUGUGUAGCAGUGGGUUUACAGGCCAUAAUUCUACCCACACUCCUGCCACUAAUAUUACACAUCAACUUAAUACUAGGUUAGGUUUUGAGAAUGAUUUUAAAAUCUUUAGCUGCGGAUCUGAAAAUAAAGAUCUAGAUGUAGAAAUUGAUCUGGAAGUAAAAAAUGAUUUAUGUACAGAUUCUCAAGUGUGUUUGACUAAUCCUACAAGUGACCAGAAGUAUUCUGAAUUGGAGUUUGUAAAUAUAUCAAGCAGAAAGGAAGUAGUGAAAAAGGAGCCGGAUGUACAGAGUGUUAUAAAUUUAUAUAAUAAGGGCAACUCGAUGAAGUGUAAAGAUGAGUUUAAAAACAUAAAAGAUGAAGACAACUCUGAUAAUGAUAACUUUUUUAUCGAAUCGAAAAAAAUUUACGAACAGCUCUUAAACACAUGUAAUACUGCCUCUAAAACUAGUAACACUAAAUCCAGAUCAAGGGGGGAUACCAGUGGAAAUAACAAGACUUCUGAUACUAAAACUGAAAACGCUAAUACUGCCAGCAUUAACAUUGAUGCUAGUGAAGUUAUCACUAAGAGUAGAACUAGAACUAAUAAUGAAGUUAAUAGUCCAAAUGAUUCAGCCACAAAUUAUACCUCGAGUACCGCUUCAAAUGUGUCUGACGAUAGCUCAAACGCCUCGACUACUGACGCACUUGACUCCGCACCCAAUAACUCCACACCUGACGCUACCGUCUCUAAACAAUUAAAGAAGCAUACCGAGAAGGUGGAGGAUAAGCUCCGGAGCAAGAUAAAGGAGAGUCUGGAUAAUGAAAUUGAAAUGAACGAUAUCGUAAAGUUUAACACCUACAUUUGUAACCUUAACAACAGUCAAAUGAUUAAUAACUUCUUUAACGAGUUCAGUGAUACAACUAAUACGACCAGUAGUAACACGUUGGACUCUUACGGUAAUAGUACGAUAUUACAAAGAAGUACUCCGAAUGAGCAAUUUGAAGACUCUCAGUCAGACCCGAAACGAGCUUUAUCGGACCCUGAAGGCCAUGAGUUGGUUUUGAGAGAUAACUCACAAGAAUCUGAAGUAACAUCUGAGCAUAAACCAAUUGAUCCAGAAGUGUCAGUGGAGGAUAAUUUGAGACUAGAUAACAUGUUGGAACCAGAGCCUGUAGAAGAUCUUCGUUUCAAACCGAAACCGGUAUCAGAGGAUAAGGUAUCAGAAACAAAAGAGGCCAAUGCCCCAGAAGAAUCGCUUGUAUUAGACAAGGUGUUGGACCAAGUUAUAGGCGAACACGAGAAGGAAUUACCAGUUGGAAAGAGUAAAGUUAGUGAAUUUAAACUUAAAAGAAGUCAGCCUGACUUCAGCAAUGCAUCUAAUGUUGAUCGCAGAUCGCAACCGAGCAAUACAGUUAACACUGAUCAGAGAGGAGAAUCGAGUAAUAAUUUUAAUUUGUACAAUAGUGUAAACGAUCGCAGGUUGGAACAAAACAAUCAAAUGAAUUUGAACAAUAAUCAGAGCAAUGCAGGAACGAGUAGUGUAAGUAUGUCACGGAGGAUGGAGGAGGACGAUUAUAAUAACAUUUGCACUCCAAAGAACAAGAAAAUGGGCUCAGUAAACUUGAAGGGUUUAGAGAUGAUCAAGUCAAACUCCGACAAGUUAAUAAAGACGAUAAAUUACACAUUAAAUAAGAGGAAUAAGAGGAGUUACAACGACACUAGCAACAAUAACGGGAAGAGGAAACGGUACAUACUAAUUAACCCUAAUAAUAACCAUGUUCCUAACACGGCACCCCAUUCAAAAGAUGUAGUGAUGAAUAAACUGAAGAAUCAACGUACUAGAACCAACGCUAACCCGAUGGAUUCUGCAAGAAUGGGAAUGGAUGAUAAGGUGCUGGAGAGAAAUUGUUCAAGUGAAAUGUGGAAUGAUGACAUUAAUGUGAUUAUAUAUAGGAAGAUGAAGCUGGGUUACGGGUCCUUUUCUACAGUUUCUCUGGCUCUCUUGAGGUUCAUUAAUCAGAAAAAUCAAAAUAAUGAAGGUGAAGCUCAGCCUGCUGAUGCGGCUACUACGGAAAAUACAAGUACAGCACCUAAUAACGGUCCCCCUGCUACUGCUGAUACAAUGGAGAAGAAGAGAAUAUACGAAUGCGCUAUAAAGAACAUAAAUAAUAAUUAUGGAGAGAUGUCCAGGUACCAAUACAUUCGAGAAAAGGAAAUGAUGCUACACUAUAACCAGAAUGUACUAAAACCAAUCAGUUACAGGAUUUUGUAUAACAACAAUAACAAUAAGCUUUAUCAACUACUACUGCCCAGAGCAAAAGGCGAUUUACUCUCAAUGCUCAUUAAACUAAUUAUAUACCGGACAAAUACCAUUAAUAACAAGGGUAAUUCUACCACCAGCACCAAGCGUAACCUAGACACGAGUACCAAAAAUAAUGGCGAGUCAAGUGAGAAGAGGAAUAAUUGGAAGUUUUAUGGGUUGUUUAUAAUUGAGAUCAAGUAUAUCCUGAUACAGAUAAUAAAUAGUAUCAUAUAUAUACACAACUGUUUCCAGGGGAACAUACUGAGGCAUACCGAUAUUAAGCUCAAUAACAUACUGGUCUUUUGUUCUGAAGAGGAUAAGUAUAACCCUUUGAAGUGGCAGUUAAAUCUUUCCGAUUUUGGUUCAUCGAUCCUUUUACAGCCAAAUAACUUUAUCAACAAUAUUCAGAACAUUGUUGCUAGCACUCAGCCGACUAAUUUUGCCAAAACAACAGCUCAAUAUUCAGGAAACGUUAAGAUGAACGAUGACGACGAUAUUUUCAACUAUCACAUGAAUGAGUACAUGGAGCAGAUAAACACACAGUUACUGUCAUAUAAUAUCGGGACACUCAAGUACAACUCACCAGAGACACUGCUGUACGACGAGUUUCUCAAUAAGAGAAUCAAUAACAACAGAGCACUGCUGGACUAUUUUUACACCACCAACAACAACAAUGAUAGUUCAUUAGAUAUAUUUUUUGAUAAGGACAACUCUGCAAGUCAAACAAGUGACGGUAACUGGAGUGAUAAGGAAAACUCUCAGAUGGAUCCCCUAAAAGAUUAUGAUAGCCUCAAGAACAUGAAUGAAAUGGUGGAAAUAAAUAACGUGAGGUACAUCAAGACAAGUAAUAAGAGCGAUAUCUGGUCCCUGGGCAUCAUAAUAACCGAGCUGGUAAAGUAUAUGAUACACUACGAUUUCAAUAAUUUGGAUGACUUGGCUAACGUCAACCUGUUCAACUUGUACAUCACCGACAACUUCGACUGCGACUUAAACUUUCAGGCCUCUGAAAACUCAAAUUCUACCACAGCGUCCGGACUCAACACCAACACAACAAACUAUACCACUUCAUCCAGGAAUAAUAAUACAACAUCCAGGCAUAAUAAUACAACGUCCAGGAAUAAUACUAGUGCCAAUAACAGUGGUGGUGUUGGCAAACUUAAUGCUAAUAGGUUAGGCUCGAGCACCUCUAUUAACACCCCCAGACCUGUUCCCAAAACUAGUAAAGUUAGCCCUAAACGUAGUACUGGCAAUAUCAGGCAUAACAUGUCGAGAGUUGGAGGCUUGAAGGAUAACCAUAAAUUAGCUGGUUCUAAGAGUUCAAAUAUAAAGAAUAUCCUGUAUAAUAACAUCGGGAAUGGGAUUUUUUACAAAAGUAAGGACAAGAUGCUGGUGGAUGACGAGAAUAGGAUGUUGUCAACCUACAUUAACAAUGUGUGCAAUAACGAGUUUAAAGUCCGAAAGUCUAAGCUUCUGAGGCUAAUUUACUCUAAACUGUACCCCAAGAGUGAUGAUAAUCCAGAGUCUGAAGAUAAAGACGUGUUUAAUCCCUGUGAAGAUUCUCAGGAGUCGGUACCUCAAGCUAGUUCAAGGGCGCAAUAUGAUUUACUGAUAAACUUGUUGACAAAUUUGUUAUCAUACUAUCCCAGUGAAAGGUUAAACUCGAUAGAAAUACUUGGGCACGAGUUCUUCACCAAUAGCAGGAAUAUAUUUAAAUUGAUCGACCACAAUAAUAAAAUCUUCGUAAACAAGUACUACAACUUGUACGAAAACAUUAACUCUAGUGAUCUGAACCUGUACGAUGACAAGUAUAGUUACUCAUGGUACAAGGGCCCUUUAUACUACUACGUUUACAUCUCAAGUAGUAAUUUAACGGCGAGUGUGCAGGACACUCCUGAAGACAGCUUAAAGAUGAUAAUUUAUAACCUGGAGUAUGAUAUGCUAAUGAACAAGUCUAGGGAAUUGUACGGAGACGAGUUUAUCAUUUAUAAAUUACUCAAGAAAUUAAAGAUUGAAAACAAUUUAAAUUACCGGCAAAUCACUAGCACCUACACUUCCCACUUGCUAUCUCGCGAGUUGUACCUGCUCAACAGGCAUAAAUAUCAACUAGAGUGAAUUUUCGUACAAACCCAACUAAUUUUAAUAUAUUAACUUAUUU